AUGUUGCUUCGCCUUCACUAUCUAGUUUGGUACCUCCUGUUACAUCUACAGGAUGCUACAGCACUUCCACAGGGAAUACCCCCAUCCGAAGUCUCGAGCGUAACAUCAGCUACACCCACAGAAAAUUCCCUUGUAAGUAAUGGAAGAAACUGUGACUUUGAUACGAUGGACGAUUUCUUCCAUCACGCCAACAAGAACGGUCUAAACAUCACUGAGGAGGUCCAGAAGUGCCAGAAUCUGUGCCUGCUCACAUAUGGCGUGGGAAACCCUGAUCUUUCUGGGAUCGGUAUGAUGUAUGCGUAUACCAUCCAAACUGGACUUACCAUCCUCAUCGGUCCUGUUUAUCGUAUACUUUAUCUCACCCUAGCGCCAAUGAGCAGCUUCAUCCGAGACUUAAAAGACGUUCAAACGAAUUUCUUCUCCUCAAAUGGCUUCUUCGUCGGUUCCUCCGCCAUCGCUACCCUCGCAAACCUGUCACAGAACCCAUCUACCUUUGAGAUCGCCGAAAUGCAGGCCAUGGCUUUCCUGCAAGUCAACAGCAUCCUCGUGACCUUCUUCUGUAUGGUUGUCGCGCAGCCAAUGUCGCGUUGGGCCGCGCGAGUGCUGCUAUAUUUUGCAGUGUUUGUUCUCGUGAUCGUCGCCCUAGGCAAGAGCAACCUGGGCAGAGACAGCAAAGCAAACUGGAGACUUGCUUCUGAUGGCUGCGCACACAGUUCAACAGACUACAGCGUCAUCAACCCUGUCCCGUAUCCAUCAUGGGCUGUCGCUAUCUUCGCUGUCGCGGGAACAGUUGCCUUCUGGCUACAGUCUCUCAAGGAAAGAUUCCAGGCAGACAAGUUACACAGAUCGCUGUUUAGGUUAUUGGUGCUAUUUUGGGUCUUGUUGACUGGACUUUUGACUGCGGGCAUGGUGGUCGGUCUGACGAUGAUGUGGCGACAACGAAAGCAUCUGCGAAGCGUGGCGAGAGACCAAUUUGAGGAUGACGAGUGGGGAUUCGGCCAGAUUGCUGCGUUGACAAUCUGGGCCCCGAUACCGGUUGAAUUACUUCAUAUUCUGAAUGGUGAGGAUAUCUUCAUACUUAUUGGUGGUAUUUGUUCAAGCUGA